CGCUCUCGCCAUUAUCGCCGCUUCCUCUCAGGGGCCGACGCUGCCGCCGCCGCCGCCUGAGCUGCCGAGCCCCGGGCCGCCGCGCCGACCGCUGCCGCCAUGAACAUCUUCCGGCUGACGGGGGACCUGUCCCACCUGGCGGCCAUCGUCAUCCUGCUGCUGAAGAUCUGGAAGACGCGCUCUUGCGCCGGUAUUUCUGGAAAAAGCCAGCUUCUCUUUGCACUGGUCUUCACAACUCGUUACCUGGACCUUUUUACUUCAUUUAUUUCAUUGUAUAAUACAUCUAUGAAGCUCAUCUACAUUGCCUGCUCCUAUGCCACAGUGUACCUGAUCUACAUGAAAUUUAAGGCGACCUAUGACGGAAAUCAUGAUACCUUCCGAGUGGAGUUUCUGGUGGUCCCUGUGGGAGGCCUCUCCUUCCUGGUCAAUCAUGAUUUCUCUCCUCUGGAGAUUUUGUGGACCUUCUCCAUCUACCUGGAGUCCGUGGCUAUCCUUCCUCAGCUGUUCAUGAUCAGCAAGACAGGGGAAGCGGAGACCAUCACCACCCACUACCUGUUCUUCCUGGGCCUCUACCGCGCCCUCUAUCUCGUCAACUGGAUCUGGCGCUUCUACUUCGAGGGCUUCUUCGACCUCAUUGCUGUGGUGGCCGGCGUUGUCCAGACUAUUCUAUACUGCGACUUCUUCUACCUGUACAUAACAAAAGUACUCAAGGGAAAGAAACUCAGUCUGCCAGCGUAAGUGCCAAAGACCGUCACCAGCAUCUGUCCUUCAGGGUGCUCGGACAGAAUUCUUACCACAGCAAAGGCACAAGAUGCUUGAUAACGGAAAAUCAGAAACUUAACUCUUUCGUUGCAGAUAGUGAUCAGUGGCUCUGUAAGAACCCAGAGGAAAAGAACCAGAAGGUUUCUGUUUAAUGCAUCUUGCCUUAUCUUUUUUUAUUACUAUGUACAAAGAUUUUUUUACACAAAGAAACUUAAUGCUGUAUUAAUAAAUUCAGUGUGUAGCUUCAAUUGGGGUAGUUCCAAAAGUGAAGAUUUUGUGAGGAAUAAGUGCAAACUUUUUUUUUUUUUUUAAUUCUUUGAAACUCUUGAUUCUUUGUGUCUGCAAUGAAAUUGUCCUCCUUGACAGUUGGUAGAUUAUAUAUUCUUCCAUCUAUCAAAUUUGCAUUCCACUAUAUUUAUUUUUUGCCAAAAGAUGAGUUAUAUUUGUUUGAAAUCUGAGACACUAUGUUCAAUCUGGUCUAUCUUCGUUCACAUCUCUUCCCACCGAAUGUGGAAAUCCUUCCCUGGACGUCACAACACUACAUGGAAGGCCGGUAAGGAUGACUCACAAGCUUAUGGUUUUCAUUACCAAAAUUUUCAGAUCCUGAAUGUAGAUGGAGUCUCGUUUAAGAGUCACCAAAGGUGCCUGCCCCACUCUCUUGCUUAGAAGAGUGACUUUGAGAUUGUUCCAGGGGUGUCCGAGAACUUGGGGGGCAGGGCUUCUGGGCCGCUUGCCGUCUAAAUGUGGGGUGUGAGGGAUAUUAAUGAUCAGGUUGGAUAUAGGACUCUACUCCUCUGAGGACUGGAACACAAGUUAGUCACCUAUCACUUGAAUUAAUAGUUCCGAAAGAUGACUACAGCCAUGUCCCUGCUCAGAUUCAGAAGGGUUUUUGUAUCACUUUCACGUGGUAAAAUGAUUUACAUUUUUUUCUUAAUUGGCAGCAACCAAUUGCCAUUCCUUAUACUCUCUGAUUUUUGUUUUGUUUUUACUGAGCUCUUGCAUGAUUUGUCUUGUGUUACCAUCCUGAAUAAACAUUUUACUAAAUGUAGAAUAAAUUGUCUUUUUUUUUUUUUUUUUUUUUUUUUUAAUAUGUGAAUUAGGCUGUUGGAACAUCCUAUGUCAGGAUGAUUUUUUUUUUUCAUUUUUCAAUUGGCAACAGAAGCUCUAUAUGGGGCCGUAAACGUCUAUUGUCCACAAAUUAAUCUAAAACUUUCUGUAUUUUGAGGGAAAAUUAGAAUUUUUCCUCCUGAUUUUGCCAUUUUAUUGAUUUGCUACAUUUUUUUGAUUUGUGCAAAAGCAUAUGACUUUGUUUUUAUGUGAUGCACCCUAAAUGUUAAAGUGUUGAAUACUAAUAGUGCUUACUACAAGAAGGAUGUAGUAUUUUUGCUUGCUGCAUUAAAAUAUCUUGUGGAAGAAGGGAGCUAGAUGGGUUUUAUUUUUAUCUAGUGUGUCUCUUAACAUCUUUCUAAAUUGGCAGUGUGACUGCAUAGUUGAACCUCUUGUCUCGAUCUCUCACCACCCCCCACCUCAUGGUUGUCCUUUUGUGUAUCUGUAUCUUCCCAGCAUUCUCGUCUCGGUUUAGUUUCUGUUUUCAUCCUCCUUAAAAGAUUCUUAGAUCGUGGAGAAAGGGUGGGAAAUCUCAGCAUAGUGGAGCAGACUGUGACCCACACUGGAGGCGGGGUGGGGGCUCACAAGGUUUCUGUGCAUGUAAAUUAAACAUGAGCUGGGAUCAUUGUGGGAGAGUACAAUGCAGAUGACAAGGAUCUGGGACCUCAGCAGGCUGCCUGACUUUGGAAGUAUCAGUGUCUUCUCUAGUCAUUCUGCCCAUGUAAAAGUGAAACUGGCUAAGGUGUUACCACCAUUCUGUGGCCAACCAGGGUGACAUCUUAAUAAACUGGGUGGCCGAGUGGGAUUGCGGGACUGGGGCAGCGUCCUCACACACAUAGAAAACAAAGGCCUUGUAUGAUGCGCCUUACAAAGCACUGUUUCAAAGUUCCUUUCACUUCUCCAAUAAAGGUUGUCAGGUAAUGAA